AUGAGACCCAUUAGGAGACAGUCAUUUGUCUCUGCAUCAGCCACCGUUUCCACUCCUAAACACGAAACAGAUCCGAAGAAACGUGUCGUAAUCACCGGUAUGGGUCUCAUCUCGGUCUUUGGUGAGAUUGAUGUGAGAGUGGAAUCAGCUUUAUUGAUUGAUGCGUCUAAGUUUCCCAUUCGAUUCGGUGACCAGAUCUAUGGGUUUAUCUCUAAAGGUUACAUCAAUGAGAAGAAUGAACGUAGGCUUGAUGAUUACUUGAAGUAUUGCAUUGUAACUGGAAAGAAUGCUCUUAAAAGUGAAAAUCUUGGUCUUGGUAAGCUUAACAUGGUUCUAUAUUAG